UAGUGGACGAGUUUGUGGAGGGACUGCUGACACAAGAAGCCGCGCUACGACCUUCUGACGAUGUACAGCCUGAAAACUUAGAGAUGGAACUACCUGAGAACUUUGAUGAGAAAUUGUUUAAUCAGGGACGCCGCUUCUUCUGGGAUCACAGCUACGCACUCAGCAACUCCAUGCUGCUGGGCCUGGUGGCGGUGUUCGCGGUGCCGUCCAUUCUCCGCAUCUUGGUCAGCACGCGCCGCUCCAACUCCUCCUAUACGGCCUACAAGAGAUACCUCUCCACGCAUCUUCACACCAUGUCAUGGUUCGAAAAUGAGCUCAAACCUGGAAGCAUAUCCUGGCAAUCCUUAUACACAGUCCGAACCAGACAUAUAAAAGCAGGAAUGGCGGCUAAGAUAAAGGGCUUGGGUGUUGUGUCGCAGCGGGACGUAGCGUUGACGCAGUUUGGAUUCUUGGGCUUUGCACUUUUGAAACCAGACAAGUUCGGUGUGAGCCAACUGCAAGAAGGAGAUUGGGAUGCCUACGUCUACUUUUGGAAAGUGAUAGGACAUAUGAUCGGGUUGGAAGACAGAUACAACAUAUGCCGCAAUUCUGCGGAGGAGACGAGGCAGGUGUGCCAGAUGCUGCUGGAGCGCGUGUACACGCCCUGUCUCGAGAAUGUUCCGGAAUACUUCGAGCACGCCGCCAGGGUCAUGCUCGACGGCAUGUGGUCGGUGAAUCCAACCGUGGACGUGGAUGCUAUGUUGUAUUUCACACGGUAUCUGGCCGAUGUACCCGGAUACGUGUACACAGAAACUGACAGAAUAACAUUCCAGAGGAAACUCGCGAAACAGAUUGAUGGCAAACCGUUGAAUACAGGUGUGGAUUCUUCGUUGCUGAUGUGCAAGCCGGCACUAGAAGACCUCCCGUCACUGCUUCCCCGCCUCCACUACUUGCAAGAUUACAACAGCUUGGAAACCACGCCGGCAUACAACAGGCUUUUCUACAAAUCAAAAUUAAAACUAGCCUUUGCUUUCGUCCUAUCAGUCUUAUACACCACGUAUCUCGGACGAAUUUAUUUUAACUUGAAUUACUUGUACAGCCUCCUCCUUAUGAAAUAUUUCCCAUAUUUGGCCUUUAUCAGAUUCGGUGUGAAGGAAUCAUUCGUGAAUAUAUUCAUUGAAGACCCCACUGAUGACACUCGGUUGAUACCAAAUUCUGAAUAUUACAAAAAGAAAUUACCCAGUGAGGAGUCAUGGUAUAACAAAUUGCUUAUGACUCUUUGGUGA